GCAGCAGCAUAUUUGGCAAAAUAGCAACACACUAACAUCGCUGGCAGUCACAAGUCGUUGCAAGUGGUUGUUUUUUUUUAUUUAUAAUAUCGUCAACAACGUAGCAUUAACCGAGUCAUUUUUUCGACUCGGAAUCUGUUGUUGCAUUGAUAAUGAUGUCGAGAGUGCGAUUAAUCAAAGGGUUCCUAGCUUUUUCGAAGUCUGUCUGAAGAAAAAUAUGUAUACAAGUGUCGAUUUAGUGGCCUUCGAAAAAUAGUUGUGUAAAAUCGAAACUGUCGUCUGUUGAAAUUGAUGCCUUAAUAUGGAGGGUUCACCAAAAUCAGAUGAACCAAGUAAAUCUUGGGAUCACGCUUGGAGCACAGAAGAAAUGCGAGAUAACCGAGGAAAUUGGAGUCUUGCAGCUGAUGUUGGUCUUUUAAAGCAUUUAGAACUAUUUGCAGAGAAAAUGCAUAAUAAAGCUGAUGAAACAAGAAAUGCAAUUGAUAAAUUAAAUUCUGAUCUCACUCAAACAGGAAUAUUUGUAGAUAAUUUAACCAAUAUUUCGUUUUCUCUUGCUAAUACUCAAUACAUAGAAAAUGUAAUCCAAGAAGAUAAUCCUGAAUUGGAAAAAGUUGCAGAACAAAAUUCUGAAGGUGCUAAAACAGUUCAAGCUGAAUCAAAUGCCCCAGAUUCUCUUGUUGACAUAUUUAAAAGUAUAGAUGAAGGGUUGAAAAUAAUGGAUAAGUAUUAUGAAAAAUUAGAAGUUGAAGCUAGCGAUAGUGAAGAUGAAGAUGAAUCUUUACCAAGUGUCAUAUGGAAACAAAAAGAUCCCUAUCAACACAGACCAUUACCUUAUGUUAUUGGUUCUGAGAAGUGGGAAGCAUCAAAAAAAGUUGGUUUAGAAACUAGCAGUAGUGAAUCUGAUCAAAAUGAAGAGGAGUCAGAAAGUGAUUCUGAAAAUAAAAAUAUAUCAGGAAUGCGUGCUUUAAGUUCCACAAUAAGAACAGAUUUAAGUAGUAGAAGGUUAUCAUCUACUUCAAGUGAAUCAAAUGAUUAUAACAUCGAGAGUAGUAGUAUUAAAAAUAUUGAUAAAGGAAGAUUGUAUGCAAGAAGUCAAGAUACUCUCAGUCCUGAUACGGAACCUACAACUCCAUCAAGCAUACUGUCUAAGAAUCAAAAUGUUAAUAUUAAAACACCCAGCUUUGCAGAAGAAUUGGCUAAAAGAUUGACAAAUGUAGCACCAUCUUCUAAGAAUAUGUCAGAACAUGAAUCAAAAGAACAGAUAAUAAGAAAUUCAAAAGGUGAACCUCCCUUUCGCGAAGAGUCCGGCAUUUUCACUUCAAAAUCAGAUAAUUUAUUCAAUGAAGCAAAUAAACUAUAUCCGGAUGAAAGACUCGACGAUGAUUGGAGAAAUACAAAACCGUUGAUGAAACCACAUGCACCCAACGUGUUUCCUAGCAGUGAAGAACCACCUCCACUCAGUGUUGUAUCUUCGGCUCCGAAAUCGAACAUAGAUGAUUUGUUUGGAGACGCCGAUGAAUCAGACGAUUCGGACGAUAUAUUUUCUGGUAAAUCGUCGAAAAACAUAUUUUCAUCUGCUGGUGCUACUUCGUCUAAAGUGGCCACAUCGGCCACCAUGAAAAACAAGAAUCUCAAAGUUGAAAAUGUACAAAAUAUUAAUGCAAUGGCAACAAGUACGCCGGAAACAAAUGACCGUGCAAAGGGAUUAUUCGACGAUGAUGAAGACGAUGACGAUUUAUUCGGAGCUGUUUCGAAACAGCCGAAAGCGCCUGUCGAAUCUUCCCCAUCGACAGUUACAAAAAAGAAACCCAUCGGUGGCGUAUCGAUAUUCGGCCAAGUCGACAUCCUCGCGUCGUCGAAAUUUCCUCGACGAGCGUCGUCGUCGUCGUCGUCGUCGUCGUCGUCGAGCUCGAACAACGAGGACGAAGCUGCUGUUGCUGCUGCAUCCACGCCAACGCCGCCGGCCGGCUCGACGAGUGCAUCCGCGAUCGGCAGCAGCAUCAGCAACAACGCGGCUGCAUCGUCCACCGAUAAUAACGCCACGAGUCGCAGAAUCGGCAGCAACAACAACAGCGGGGCAGUCGGCGCCGGCUCGAGCGCGUUUCAGUCGUCGUCCCUCGUCGAAGCACAGCUGGGGGGUGGCAGCGGCAGCAACAGUAGCAUCGGCAACUCGGCCCUGGGCAACAACGCGACUCAGGUCAGCGGGAACAACAGCAGCAGCGGGGUCUUCAUCACGCAGCCGAGCAUGGACUCGGCGGGAUCGAGCCUCGGUGCCGAUUUCCAGCCGUUGAUGAGCUCCAGCAGACUCAAGUCCGAAGAAAUAUAUCGCGAGCGCAUAGUCAGUGACAGUUUAUUAAAGAGCCGAACGAGAAAUAAUUCCUCUGAUCAGCAAAUCGGCCAACCACAACAACAACAACAACAACAGCAGCAAAGACAACAACUUGAGCCGACAGUCGAGGAUGUAUCACGCGGAAGCGAAGACGUUUUUGGACCUCCACCCUUGUCCAAGGAUAGCAGUUCAAGAAACAAAUCGAAGGUAACUUCCUUAUUUGACGAUUCGGAUUCAGGCGACGAUUUGUUUGGCUCGGCCUCGACGAGUUCCCGAGGUACGCCGUCUCGUUCGGUGCCACCGAGCACCACCUCCGCCGGUGCGACAAAAAAGAAGAGCAUCUUCGACGACGACGAAGACGAUCUGUUCGGCCCACCGCGGGACGAUCUCUUCAGUUCUGUGCCCACUACGUCGACUGGACGUGGCCUCUUCGAUCAGGAUAUUUUUGGCGGCAAAAAGAGCAAACCAGAGGAGCCUGAGGCGCCUACGCCGACGCAAUCGCUGAAGAGCACGAAUUUGUUCCCGGAUGAAUCGGAUGCGCUGUUUCCGAAGCCUACCGAGGUGAAAGCGAAUAAGGGUUCAGAGAAAAAGGCACCUGAGGGCGAAUCGAAAGUUUAUUCAGUCGAUCAGAAGUUGCCAUCUACCACCAGUAAAAAGGAAGUUCAGAGUACAAAGCCAGAUGCUCAGAAAAAUAUUUUUUCAGACGACGAAGCGGAUAAUGAUUUCGAACGUGAGCGCCUGAGUGCAAAGGAAAUAAGCGCGAGCUCGGAAAAGUCAUCAGCCCCGAGCGAGUCGAAGAAAAAUAUUUUUUCAGAUGAAGAGUCAGACGAUUUGUUUGAUAAAGAUACUUCUAAAAUUAAUUUAAAAAAAGAAACGGUGUCAAGUGCAAAUAUUUCAUCGAAAACUGCAGUGGAAGAGAAAAAACAAGAGAAAGUGUCACAGUCUAAAAGUAGCUUAUUUUCGGACGACGAAUCGGCUGAUUUGUUUGGUGCUAAAGCCUCGAAACCGUCUGUCAAAAAAACUGACAAAGCUGCGAGUCUUCUCUUCGACGACGACGAUGAGCCAGACCUAUUCGUCAGCAAACCAAAGCCAAAAGUGAAUGAAAAGACAGAUUUGUUCAAAGGUUUAUUUGAUAAUAAGCCGUCGAAGUCGAAAAAAUUGACGAGUAAUAUUUUCGACGACAGUGACGACGACGACGACGAUUUGUUUGGUAGUUCAAAAGAAACGAAAAUUUUGUCCAGCGAAAAAAAGCCUACGGAUAAAAUCAUGCAGGAGGAAAAAAACGAAGUUGUCGACGCCGAUCAUGAAAAGGCAAAUGUUCAAGCUGAAGAGAAUGAUAAAAAAGUCGAAGCUCCAACCAAAGCUCCAGCGGUUGGGAAAAAACCAGAUGCGAAGCCAGAUAUCUUCGAUGACGAAGAUGACGACGAUGAUCUCUUUGGCGAUAAGAAGAAAAAGAAAGCUGCUGUCGCAGUUGCCAAAGAAAUAGCUAAAAAUGUCAAAGAACAGUCUGAAAAAGCUGAAGCUAAGCCGAAGCCAGUGCCAUCAUCCAAACCAGAAAUAAUGCCGAAAAAAGCGGCAAUUCUUGCCGAUCUGAAAUCUAAACUUGAAAAGCAUAGGCAGGACAUGGGCAUUGAUAAGCCAUCAAAGUCGCCAGAGAGCUUGGCCGGCGCUAAGAGCCUUUUUCCACCUCUCAAGAGCGAAAUCCCCGAGCCAAGUGUCGUCGACGGUCUGGGCAGCUCGAAACCGAAACCGGAACCGCCGAAAUCGUUGAAGCUGAAAAUAGGUACUCCACCGCCCCCUGUACAACCCUCGGAAGGGCCAUCAUCGCCCGGCACGCCUGGAACGCCUGGAACGCCUGGGACGCCCAAAAAGCCAGUUGUUUCAGGAAAGAUAAAGAAUUUAAUGGGUAAAAUGAAUGAUCUGAAGAUUCUUUCACCUAACGAUACGCCACCGUUGUUCAGAAAGAAUAAGGAGGAAAAUAAUGGUGCCAAAAAUGAAGACGAAAAAGAAGCAACGAACGAUGAUGCUACCAACAGCGAAGCGAGUACGCCAAGUUUCUUCAGUGGUGCAUCCUCUCCACUUAUUUCCGAAGCCAACUCUAAAACGAAAGAUUCGCCUUCAAUAAGAUCGGAAAAUACAGAAACGGCCAUCAGUCUCGAUGAACCUGUGCAGCCCGAGACACUAUUAUCAAUCGAGAAAUCAAAAAGUCGAGCUCGUAUUCCAAAACGUCGACCACAAUCUCGAGAAGCUCGUCAGAUAGCUAUUCGAAAUAGCGGCAUCGAUUUCGAUAUAGUCGAUGCAUCUGGUUCUCCUACGCGUGAGCAGCCUCAAAUCACCAACGGUCAGUCACAGCCGGAUCAAGGUGUCGGUUCCUUGGCGCCACCGAAACAACACGACGAUCGUUCGGAAUUGAGUUUGUCAAAAAAUACAACGACAAAUUUACUCUCGCCGUCAACGGACGAGGAAGAUCUCUUUGAUGUACCACCAGAACUACCGGAAGAUCCGAGUGUCAAAGAAGAUACUUUAUUCGAUAAAGGUCCCGUGUUGUCGCCAGUUACGGAGAGAAAAAAGAUUGAUACGAAUGAAACGAAAAUUGAAAAGAAAAAAGAAACACCAGCCGAUGAGAAAAAAGAGGAACAACCAAUUGAUCCUUUGAGAAAUGACAAACGUGAUCCCAUAGAGGAUCAUUCCUCUUUGUUCGCGUUCGUUACAAAAACGCCGUCACCUCAGGAAAACAAAAAUUUACUGCCAAAUGAUGAUGAUAGCCUGUUCAAAGGGACAUCUAAAAAUUCCAAAGUUGCAGAUCAAAAGUUCAAGCCAACUCUGAAUUUAUUUGAAGAUGACGAUGCGAGUGGCAGCGAUCUUUUCUCAACAAGCAAAACGAAACUGAAAAAACCUUUGAAAGAUAUGAAAAUCGAUUUAUUCGAAGAUACUAGCACUGAUGAUAAUGAUGAUCUUUUUGGUGCUUCAAAGAAAAAUGCAGAAGAGAAGAAAACUCCUCAGAAAGAAGCUUCGCAGGAUGUAAAACCAAAAACAGCUGAAGAUAAAACUGAAGAUAGACCUAAAGAAACAAAUAAAAAGGAUAUUUUUGAAACGUCGAGUGACGAGGAUGAUAUAUUUGCAAAAAGUAAAAAGGUUUUACCAAAAAGAAAUACUCUGUUUGACGAGAUUGCCGACUUUGACGAUGAUGAAGAUCUUUUUGGAAAACCUAAGUCAUCCGCUGGUGCAAGUGAUUCUAAAACGUCGACAAGCGACAAAAGUACUGUAAGAAGAAUAGUAAAAAAAGAUCUUAGUAGAACAGUCGAAAAUGAUCCCUUGAGUUUACUGCAAGAUGAAUAGUUAAUUUUGUAUACCAUUUACGUGAAUUUUAUUUAAGACUGUUAUUCAUAUAUACAAGAUGAUGAAUGUCAUCGUCGUUCGAAAAAUACAUCGAAUUUUUAGUAGUUUAUUGAAAACGUGUGUUGCGCAUAUUAAUUUCAGUUUUUGCUCAUAGUUCAGCAAAAAUGUACAGUUUUUAGAAAAAUGUGAUAUUCUAGAUUUUCGAAACAUUAAAAGUUUUUGAAAAACAAAAAAAUUUAAUGAUUGGCAAAUUCACAAUGAAUUAUUAUACAAUGAAUUUAAUUUUUGUUAUUUUAUUAUUUAAUCUUGUCAAAAUAUUCGUUUUAUUAAAUUGUUAAUUAUAAUAACCUAAUGAACUGAGAACUCGAUAUAUUUAUCGCAGUUAAUUACCGUAUUAAAUAUUUCGAUCUUUGCGGUCGAUCGUAUUGUGAGAUAUUGUAAAGCAAUGUAUGAAAAUAUUUUUCAUCUUAUACUAAUGAAGCGUCAUCGAUAUUUUUAUUUUAUAUUUUUUGUAUGUACAGAAAUAAAUGUUAUUAAUCAUGUACAUUUAAUGGAAUGUUUCUAAAAAUAGCGCAGGGCGCUGAUUUUUUCUAAUGUACCAUACGUUUUAUUGUAUUAACCACAUAAAAGUUUCAUGCUUUGCAUAUAAUAUGUAAAUCGAUGAAUAAAUUUGUGUUUUCUUAUGAGGUCCGAUUUUAUCUCGCUACAUAGAAAUAUAUUUCCGACAGUUUUUUUAGCAAGUUUGGAAGAAGAAAUGAAAAUUCAUGAACUUGACCAUUACUGUAAUUAAUUAUGUACCAAAAAAAUAACAAUGUAAUUUUGAAUUAUGUGAAGGUAAACUGGGAAUUAUUAGAUACAUCGUCGAAAAAUUGUAGAUAGAAGUACGGACCAAUUUUCAUAAAUAACUCAUACGUGUUAUGCAUAUUAAGAUAUAGAAAUUGCAGUAAGAGAAGUUAUGAAAUCAUCAUGAAUAUUUUAAUUACUAGAAUGUGUUCUUAAAAAUAGAAUUCA